GGGGAAAUCCCAAACCCCUCUCGCAAGAAAGAGUCUUUAUAGCUAAACUAAUCCCCUCCGGCCUCAUCACUUCGCCUGCUGCCCAGCGACCCGGAGAGAGAGACGCAGGCGCCGAAACCUAGCGACGCCGCCGACGACCCCCGGAUCCGCCGGCCAUGGCGACCCCCAACCCGCCGCCCCAGCAGGGCGAGCCCUCCUCCUCCGCCGAUCCCAAGGCCAAGAAGGACUACUCGACGGCGAUCCUCGAGCGGAAGAAGAGCCCCAACCGCCUCGUCGUCGACGAGGCCACCAAUGACGACAACUCCGUCGUCGCCCUCCACCCCGACACCAUGGAGAGGCUCCAGCUCUUCCGCGGCGACACCGUCCUCCUCAAGGGUAAAAAGAGGAAAGACACAAUCUGCAUUGUUCUUGCUGAUGACACAUGUGAUGAGCCGAAGGUCAGAAUGAACAAAACCGUCAGGAAAAACUUGAGAGUGAGACUUGGUGAUGUGGUGUCUGUUCACCAAUGCCCUGAUGUCAAAUACGGGAAGCGUGUGCACAUACUUCCUAUUGAUGACACAGUUGAAGGGAUUACAGGAAACUUGUUUGACGCCUUCUUGAAACCAUAUUUCCUUGAAGCUUACCGUCCUUUGAGAAAGGGAGAUCUUUUCCUCGUGAGAGGUGGAAUGAGAAGUGUGGAGUUCAAAGUUAUAGAGACUGACCCAGCAGAGUAUUGCAUUGUUGCACCAGACACUGAGAUAUUCUGUGAUGGUGAGCCUGUUAAGAGGGAGGACGAGGAAAGGCUUGAUGAUGUUGGCUACGAUGAUGUUGGUGGAGUCAGGAAGCAAAUGGCCCAGAUCAGAGAACUGGUUGAACUCCCACUGCGUCACCCUCAACUUUUCAAGUCUAUUGGUGUGAAGCCUCCCAAGGGCAUACUGCUGUUUGGACCUCCUGGCUCUGGCAAGACUCUUAUUGCGAGGGCUGUUGCCAAUGAAACAGGCGCAUUCUUCUUUCUGAUUAAUGGCCCAGAAAUUAUGUCCAAGUUGGCAGGAGAAAGUGAGAGCAACCUCAGAAAGGCAUUUGAAGAAGCAGAGAAGAAUGCACCAUCAAUCAUCUUCAUUGAUGAGAUUGAUUCAAUAGCCCCAAAGAGAGAGAAGACCAAUGGAGAAGUUGAAAGGCGUAUUGUUUCUCAGCUGUUGACUCUUAUGGACGGUCUUAAAUCCCGUGCACAUGUUAUUGUUAUGGGUGCUACAAACCGCCCAAACAGUAUUGAUCCUGCUCUCAGAAGAUUUGGUAGGUUUGAUCGUGAGAUUGACAUUGGAGUCCCUGAUGAAGUUGGGCGCCUUGAAGUUCUCAGGAUUCACACCAAAAACAUGAAGUUGGCUGAAGAUGUUGAACUGGAACACAUUUCACGAGACACCCAUGGUUAUGUUGGUGCUGAUCUUGCUGCUCUUUGUACCGAGGCUGCUCUCCAGUGCAUUCGUGAGAAGAUGGACAUUAUAGAUCUUGAGGAUGAGACCAUAGAUGCUGAGAUACUGAAUUCCAUGGCUGUUACAAACGACCAUUUCAAGACUGCACUAACAACAAGCAACCCAUCUGCUCUCCGUGAAACUGUUGUUGAAGUUCCCAAUGUCUCUUGGGAAGAUAUUGGUGGUCUGGAAAAUGUCAAACGGGAGCUGCAGGAGACUGUCCAGUACCCUGUGGAGCAUCCAGAGAAAUUCGAGAAGUUUGGCAUGUCCCCUUCCAAAGGUGUUCUGUUCUAUGGCCCUCCUGGAUGUGGUAAAACCUUGUUGGCCAAGGCAAUUGCAAAUGAGUGCCAGGCUAACUUCAUCAGUAUCAAGGGACCUGAGCUGCUUACCAUGUGGUUUGGUGAGAGUGAGGCUAAUGUGCGUGAGAUCUUUGACAAGGCUAGGGGGUCAGCACCAUGUGUCCUCUUCUUUGAUGAGCUUGACUCUAUUGCUACCCAGAGAGGAAGCAGUGUUGGGGAUGCUGGAGGUGCCGCUGAUAGAGUGCUGAACCAGCUGCUGACUGAGAUGGAUGGCAUGAACGCCAAGAAGACUGUCUUCAUCAUUGGUGCUACCAACAGGCCAGACAUCAUCGACCCUGCCCUUCUUAGGCCAGGGCGUCUUGAUCAGCUUAUCUACAUCCCUCUUCCUGAUGUCGACUCGAGGCACCAGAUCUUCAAAGCUUGCCUCAGGAAGUCUCCUUUGGCCAAGGAUAUUGAUCUCAGUGCUCUGGCCAAGUACACCCAAGGAUUCAGCGGUGCUGAUAUCACCGAAAUUUGCCAGCGUGCUUGCAAGUACGCCAUCAGGGAGAACAUUGAGAAGGACAUCGAGAGGGAGAGGCGGAGGAAGGACAACCCCGAAGCAAUGGAGGAGGAUGAGGUGGACGAGGUGGCUGAGAUCAGAGCUGCCCACUUCGAGGAGUCGAUGAAGUAUGCCCGCCGGAGUGUGAGCGACGCCGACAUCCGCAAGUACCAGGCCUUUGCCCAGACUCUGCAGCAGUCCCGUGGAUUCGGCAGCGAGUUCCGGUUCCCUGAUCAGCCGGCCGCGGGCACCGCCUCCGCCGCUGCUGCCGAUCCUUUUGCAUCCGCUGCAGCAGCAGCUGAAGAUGACGACUUAUAUAGCUAAAUCCUCCUCGUUGUUGUGGCCUUAACUUACCCGUGAUUUCCUUCGUAUACUGUUAUGUUUUGCUCUGGUAUGCAAGACACGGUCAAACUAUGUACUUAAAAUUAUUAUUGGGAUGCACUGAUAUUCGUUA